UGCAGCAUAGGUUCACUCUACUGUCUGCAAUAAUGGCCACUAUCUGUCAGAUUUGGAGACCGGACCGAGGACGGUGCUUCAAAACCUUCGGAAUAGUUUCCGUUUUGUUGCUGGACCUGGUCUUACAGUGUGUUAACGGCUACCUGAGCUCUCCUCAUGUUGGCCAGGACCCUCACUACACCAGAGAUGCCCAGCAUGGGCCUGUCAUCACCAGCCCAGUGGUCCCUGCAGCAGCCUCAGUGUCUCCCGCAGAUGAAGAGAGCUAUACUUCCAAGUGUCCUAGUGGGGGGGAGUGUAGUCGCCUGCCAGCAGAUUGCAUGCACUGCAAUUACCAUCACAACUGCACCUACAAGAAACCAGCAUCUUUCACUUGUAAACCCAAAAAAGGAGUUCACUGUAUAGGAGAGUCGGGACAGCAGCAAACCAACUUCUCCCUCUCCAUCACCUGUCAGUUCUGCUGGCAGCUGGACCCCGCCGAGUAUCGCUGCUCAAACUCCACCAACUGUAUGACAGUGUCCUGCCCACGCAAGCGCUACAACGCCACCUGUGACGUGUUAGAACAUGUGCAUUGUUUAGGUAAAAGACGUUUUCAGAAACGUUUAUUUUGUAACUGGACUGGAGGAUACAAAUGGUCGACAGCAUUAGCACUCAGCAUUACUCUUGGCGGCUUUGGGGCUGAUCGGUUUUAUCUGGGCCAAUGGAGAGAGGGUCUGGGCAAACUGUUCAGCUUUGGAGGCCUGGGCAUUUGGACAUUGAUAGAUGUUCUUCUGAUAGGGGUUGGUUAUGUGGGACCAGCUGACGGUUCUCUCUAUAUCUGAAGUUUUGGAGACAUGGCUGGAUGGUUUGUGCUCUCUUCCCCUUCACACCGCUUCACUCUCAAAGAUUGAAGAUCUGAGAUGCUGUGUUCUUGGCACGUUUGCUUGCCCGAGCUCGCUGUGCAACACGUCUUCAUCCCAUCUGCUAACAGGCAGGAAGUGUUUUCCUCAUUACACCAACGAUGUCUCUACCCACACAAACCAUCAGAUCAAUCCCAAUCGUUCUGUAUCCAUCUCCCGUCGAGAUUAUGUAGAUGAAUCUGUGCAGCAGGAUGAGAAGCCAGUCAUUACGUCUAUCUGGUUGGUUUGACUUAAACGAUGGUCAGACUCCGUCACACUGAUACAUAGAUAGAUUUGGUUUCCCAUGGAGCAGUUCUUUCACAGAUAUCCUGCCACCUUGGAGGCAUGUGUUGCUCCCUCCUUAUUGCAAGGUAAAUGCGUCAGUGGGGGGUCAAAUGGUAACCAUGGCUACAGAGCUUUUCAUGGGGAUACCAGUCACAGCAGACAUGCUGAGAGGUAAUAUUUAUGUCCUGAAAGAAAGCAUGAAUAUGCAGAAGGGAAAUUGUUCAGGUAUUUUCUAUUGACAACAGACAGUUGGUCUUGUGGAUGAGUUCAACAGUUAUUUUACAUGUGCUUUAUUUUUCCCCACAUUGAGUCAGGCCACUACUGUAAAAACAUUGCCUUAAGGGAUAGAUGAAUGAUACGAUGGCUUUUGAAAAGCUUAAAUGUUGGGAAGUUAAAGUUCACUGAUAAACUUCACAUGUUGUAAAGUAAAUUUGUAAGAGCUACUGUAUCUUCAAACAGCAACUGGAACUGGUAGAGAACCAGAGAGAAGUGCAGGGGCGAAAACUUCUUCCAUAAUAUAUAUCAUCACUUACUCACAACAUGUAGUCUAAGUUUUGGGAGACGCAGAGAUAAUAAUCUCUCAUAGUGUAUGUUUGUACAUGAUUAAUAUUGAAACACUUCAAAUGUGUUGCACAAGCAAACUGCAGUUACUUGUGGUUUCCCGUGUUGGAGAUAUUGGAGAUAUCCUGUGUAUACAACUGGUUUUUUCCCUCACUCAUUUUCAUUCUUCACAUGGUAAAAGAAAAACUGUGUACUAACACUGUAAACUCUAAGCCUGAUACUGUGUGGCACCAAUGUGCACACCUCUCACUUCAUGUAAAUACGUUUUCUGUUUUCAGUGUCAGGUAGUUUUAAUCUGUUUCAAACACUGUAAAUGACAUUUUUUAAGUUAUGUAAAUAAAAUUGUGAAAUAUUA